GAAGAGCUCGCCCAACUCGCGGACCGCAGCGAAGCCCAUGGGCGGACGGAAGCGGAAGUACCUGCUGGAGUCUCUAUGAUGAGCUCGGCGCGCAAGCGCCCGGAAGCCGAGUCAGGGCCACAGAAAGCGGCGCCCCCUAGCGUUCGCGAGUCGCGUGAGGAGGCAACCGCGACCGCGGUGUCGCGGGCCCGUCUAAGCGUGAGAUGGCUUUUUCGAGAUAGUGGCGCCUCCCGGCACCAGUUCGAGCCGGAGUCCGAGCCGGCGGAUGGGGAGGAGCCGCAGGAGGAGCCGCAGGAGGAGCCGGAGCCCAGCCGGGUGCUUCCCCGCCGUGAUCUCUUCAGCUCGCAGGAUGUGCUUUCUUGGAUGCGUAGAAGUGGAUCUUCACAGAGCAGUUUUCAGAGCCGGAAAAUCUUUAAGGGGCUGUACAAGCUCAUUCUGGAUAUCAUUGUGAUGAUCCGAGUGUGUAAAAUGUUCCGCCAAGGCCUCAGGGGAUUCCGGGAAUAUCAGAUCAUUGAGACUGCUCGAAGAAGGCACCCAAUUUUCUCCUUCUGGGAUAAAAAGAAACAAGGCCGAAUCAUAUUUGAUACCAUGGACUUCGUGGCAGAGUCGGGUUUCUUCCCUCCAAGGGCGAUUGAGAUAGCACAGAAGAUGCCUUCUUGGAGGACAGAGCAGGACAUCCAGACCCUUUGUAACUUCUUGCAGGUUAUGGAUUGCUACCGGAAUUACUCAGAGCCCCUGCAGCUGCUCCUGGCCAAAGUCCUCCGCUUUGAACGGUUUGGCCGCAGGCGUGUGAUCAUAAAGAAGGGCAAGAAGAGCAACAGCUUUUAUUUCAUCUACCUGGGCAGAGUUGCAGUGACCGAGGAUGAAGAUGGCAGCAGUGCCUUCCUAGACCCCUGCCCGAUGUUGCUGCACAAGGGCGACUGUUUUGGGGAAAUGGGCCUUCUGAGUUCUUCAGUAAGGAGGGCCACGGUGGUCUGUAUGGAAGAAACAGAGUUCUUGGUUGUCGACCAAGAGGAUUUCAUUGCUAAUAAACUGGACCAGGAAGUUAAAAAGGAUGCUCAGCAUCGGUUUGAUUUUUUUAGGCAGAUGGAUCUGUUCCAGUCGUGGUCUGAUGAAAAGCUCUGGAAGCUGGUAACCCUAGGGAAGGUGGAGAAGUAUUCAUAUGGGCAGCUGAUCUCAAAAGACAUUGUCGAGUCAUCCUCCGUCAUGUUUGUCUGCAGGGGCAGCUGUGAAGUCCUGCGGCUGUUAGACCUUGGGGCCUCGCCUUUUUACUACAAGUGGAUCUGGCAGCAUCUGGAGCUGAUAGAUGACAGAGCUCUGAAGACCAACCUCAAAGAACCUUCUCCUGUGAAGAGAUUUAAGGAAUUCCAGAUCAAAUCAUAUCCUGUGCAGGAUUUUAGCCCUCUGAAACUUCUGCGUCUCCAGAAAGCCUGGGAGCAAAAGGGGACCAGCUUCAGUAGGAAGAUUAAUACCCUAGGAAACAGUCUCCCAAAGACCUUGGGCCCAAAGGUCAAGUAA